GACAUGGAAGUGCGGUAUGACCCCAGGCCUCGACGUCAUUUCUAGUUGAGACUUUAAUUCGUUCCCGUCGCGUUUUCGCGUCUGGCAGACAAUAAUACGCCCUUCGACGGAGCCAACGUCCGCCGUCAGGUCGAAAGGUUCGCCGGGGAACGACCUCGUUGCGUCGUGGCUAACGUGUCGUUAGCUAGGAUGCUAACGUGCCGUUAUUUAGGAUGCUAACGUGCUGUUAUUUAGGAUGCUAACAUGACGUUCAACCCCUUCGCCGGGUUACCAGAGGACCGAAAGUCCAUAUACAGUCAGUCACAAAAUGGCGUGUACAGAACUGGCGAUAAAACCAGCCCCAUUAGCGUCAUACUGGUUAGCUCUGGCAGCCGGGGCAACAAACUGCUCUUUCGGUACCCCUUCCAAAGAGUGGCCGAAUGCCCGUCGUCUGUGACAGCAAAGCAACGAAGUCCAUAUGCUCUGAUCACAACCGGGGAUGUUGUUGAAGAUCCGGAUGGCGAUUCAAGAGAACAAUCUCCACUAACUGACGAACAGUUGGUAGAAGGGUUCUCGGACAUCAUCCUCGCCACCAUUCUGGCCACCAAGUCUGAAAUGUGUGGGAAAAAGUUUGAACUGAAGAUAGACAAUGUUCGAUUUGUGGGUCAUCCUACUCUCCUUCAGCAUCCCUCCAUCAUUCCACAGGUUUCUAAAACGGAUCCUUCACCCAAGAGAGAAAUGCCUACAAUGAUCUUGUUCAGUGUGGUGUUUGCACUCAGGGCGAAUGCUGACCCGUCUGUCAUCAGCUGCAUGCACAACUUGUCCCGCCGCAUUGCCAUAGCCAUGCAGCACGAGGAGCGGCGCUGCCAGUACCUGACCAGAGAGGCCAAGCUGAUGCUGGCCGUUCAGGAUGAGAUCACCACCGUGACCGAGACGGAUGGAAGCCCCCAGUCCCCAUUCAGACAGAUUCUCCCCAAAUGUAAACUAGCCAGGGACCUGAAGGAGGCCUAUGACAGCCUUUGUACAACUGGCGUUGUGCGACUACACAUCAACAACUGGCUGGAGGUGAGCUUCUGCUUACCCCACAAGAUCCACAGGAUCGGUGGCGCCUACAUCCCCCCUGAGGCGUUAGAGCGCAGCCUCAAGGCAAUAAGACCCUAUCAUGCCCUGUUGCUGCUGGAGAGUGAGAAGGCACUGCUGAGCCAACUUCCUCUGGACUGCUCUCCUGCAAUGGUGCGCCUCAUUAAAACCUGCUCAGCGGUGAAAAACCUGCAGCAGCUCGCACAAGAUGCGGACCUGGCUUUACUUCAGAUCUUUCAAAUUGCUGCUCAUUUGGUUUAUUGGGGCAAAGCAAUCAUCAUCUACCCGCUGUGUGAGAACAACGUCUACAUGCUGUCUCCUCAUGCCAACAUCUGCCUAUACUCCCCGUUGGCUGAACAGUUUGCCCAGCAGUUUGCUGGUCAUGAUCUGCCCUCCAUGCUGGCCAAGUUCUCCCUGCCCGUCGCCCUGGCUGAGUUCAGAAACCCCCUGGAAGCUCUGGCACAGGAGGCCCAGCUGAUCCAGAUGGUGGUGUGGAUGCUCCAGCACCGCCUGCUGAUACAGCUGCACACCUACGUCUGCCUGCUGGUGGCGCCCAGCGAGGGAGAGCCCGGGUUGAGGGAUGAGGACCCUCCGCUGGCUGCCCGGGUCGGAGGCCGCAGUCUCAGCACCCCUAGUGCGCUCAGUUUUGGCUCCCCGACCAGCAGUGAUGACAUGACCCUCACCAGUCCCAGUAUGGACAACUCCAGCGCGGAGCUGCUGCCCGGCGGGGACUCUCCGCUUAACAAGAGGAUGACAGAGACGCUGCUCGCCAGUCUGUCAGAGCACGAGAGGCAGGUUAUUCUCAACAUCCCUGCUGCACAAAACCCAGAGGAUCUGCGCAUGUUUGCCAGGCUGCUGCACUAUUUCCGGGGCCAUCACCACCUGGAGGAGAUUAUGUACAACGAAAACAUGAGGCGGUCGCAGCUCAAGACACUGUUUGACAAGUUCCGCAGUGUCCUUGUGGUGACCAACCACGAGGAUCCCAUUAUUUCAAUCUUUCAGUCACCCAUGGAGUAGUCGGUAUCAGCUCUCAUCAACUGGAAAAUGUUUGAGAGCGGCUGCGCUCACAGCUAGGUGCUAUUGCUCAGCAGUGCUAUUUUAAUAUGAACUGACACAAUUUCAAAAAUGUAUAAAGUGUUCUUCGCCGAUGAGCCAAAUGUUUGUUUACAAUAUUAAAUUAUUUUGUACGUA